GCGGGCCGGAGUCUGGGCGGCGGGGUUGGGGCCCGGCUGAGCGGCCGCGAGGCGAGGCGAGGGCUCUGCCUCAACCUCAGCCCUAACCCGGCCGUCCCUCUGCUCCUCCAGUCGUGCUUCGACUGCGGCGCCAAGAACCCGAGCUGGGCCAGCAUCACCUAUGGUGUCUUCCUGUGCAUCGACUGCUCCGGCGUCCACCGCUCCCUGGGCGUGCACCUCAGCUUCAUCAGGUCCACAGAGCUCGACUCUAACUGGAACUGGUUCCAGCUGAGAUGUAUGCAAGUGGGCAGCAAUGCCAAUGCGACUGCUUUCUUCCGCCAGCAUGGCUGCACUACAACAGAUGCCAAUGCUAAGUAUAACAGUCGAGCUGCCCAGAUGUACAGGGAGAAGAUCCGGCAGCUGGCAAGUGCUGCCAUGGCCAAGUAUGGCACUGAUUUGCUCAUAGAUGGACUCAGUGGAGCCCCUGGGCAUUCCCCUGAUAAGAGUGAUGCUGAUUUCUUCAUGGAGCACACACAGUCUUCCAGAACCUGGGAUGUAGCAGAUGCCAGCCAGAAUCCUGCACAGUCUUCCUUGGACAUGGAAAAAGCACCAAAGUCAUCAGAAAGCAGUGAAGCAGCACAUCCAAGUCAAGGCCCAUCUAUUGACUUGUUGAGCACAUCUCCUAAAGCUCCUAUAGACAUGUCCAUGUACCUGUCACCACAGGAGCCUGCUCCUGCCAGAGAACUUAAAUCCUCCCUCAUUGGAAAGAAGAAGCCAGGAGCUGCCAAGAAAGGGUUGGGUGCCAAAAAAGGUCUUGGAGCCCAGAAAGUGAGUAGCCAGAGCUUCAAUGAGAUCGAGCGGCAAGCUCAGGUGGCAGAGCAGCUGAGGGAGCAGCAGGCAGUGGAGUCCAGGAAACAAGCCGAGGAGUCCAUAGUCACCUCAAUGCGACUGGCUUAUCAGGAACUGCAGCUUGAUCGAAAGAAGGAAGAGAAGAAGCUUCAAAACCUUGAAGGGAGGAAGCGUGAACAAGCGGAGAGGCUAGGCAUGGGCUUGGUGUCAAGAAGUUCUGUUUCACACUCAGUGAUGUCUGAGAUGCAAGUAAUUGAGCAGGAGACGCCACUGGCUGCAAAGUCUUCCCGCUCCCAAUUGGACUUAUUUGAAGAUGGUGGAGGCUUCACAUCUGGACCCCCCAAGUACAAAUAUAGUCCCUUCUCAUUUGAAGAUGCCUUUGGCUCACGAUGGGAAACAGACUCCUCGUGGGGUAUGGACAAAGACGAGGAACCAGAGGUGACAGUUUCCAGUAUUCGGCCAAUUUCAGAGAGGCCUACCAGUAGGAGGGAUAUGGAGAACAGGACAUCAGUUGUGGAAUCCAAUGAAGCUCGGCAGAAGUUUGCAGGAGCUAAAGCCAUCUCUUCAGAUAUGUUCUUUGGGCGGGAAGCAGAUGCUGAGUAUGAAGCCAGGUCCCGACUACAGCAGCUCUCGGGCAGCAGUGCUAUCAGCUCUGCAGACCUGUUUGGAGAGGCUGAGAAUGCACACUCAGGUGGUGUAUCAAUUGGAAACGUUCUGCCUGCUGCUGAUAUUGCACAGUUUAAGCAAGGAGUGAAGUCAGUUGCUGGCAAGAUGGCCGUCCUAGCCAAUGGAGUGAUGAACUCCCUCCAGGAUCGUUAUGGCUCAUAUUGAUGACCCAAGGACUGCAACAGGGAAGCCAGCAAGAGACACUGAUGCCACUUUUGCCUGGAGUACACUCUGCAGGAUUGUCUUAGUUUGUCUGGGGUGGGUGGGGAAGGGAGAAGGAAAGCAGAAGGGUUCAGCAUGUGGCUGUAUGCAGGAUGCUUUCCAAAUAUCUCUGAAUUCCACACUGCAUUAAAAUUCAAUGUGCCCUCAACCCACUGCUACUUACUAGCCAGUGGUGACUGGGAUAACCUCACUGCUGUGAAAGAUAAGAUGGGAACUCCUGUGGCUGCCCUCAUCAGUGCUGCUGUCCUUCUUAGCCCAUACCUUAGCUUAUCAUGUUAUAGAGGAAAUGGGGAUGCUGUAUUUCUGAAUGUGGUGUUACCUGGUCCUCAUGGACAUGACUGUGGUUUCUUGUUCUGCUCAGUGCUUCUAUUGCCUGUUUCCAUGGAGGCUGCUGUUGCAGUUCACAUCACUGGUAAGACAUUUUCUGCAAGGUUCUAGUGUGCAUGGUAGUCCAUGGUGUCACGGAUUCCUCUGUAUUUUCAGGGUCUGCUUUGUAUCAUGGGAUAAUUCUUCCUAUUGUCUUGUAAACCAGCAUGUAUUGAUGCAGGAGAACAAAUCAAAGAUUAUUUUUUUAGCUUCUAAUCACAUCAUCAACAACAAAGCCCCAGGUACUGAAGUAUGGUAAGGAUGUUUGCUGGACCGCUGGCUAGUUUGUUGCCCAGCCAUACUUUACUUCCAGACUUGGACAGAGAGAAAAGUCCUGACCUCUGACUUUACCGAAGUGUGUUAUGGGUGAGGGAGGCUGCAUGAGGACUGUUAUUUUUGUCCUGCUCAGGUUGACUCUUUGCUCCUGACUGUGUUUUUAACAAGAGCUAUUUUCAGGUAGUCUUUGACUAUGCAGUUGAGGAUGGAAUAGCCCUUUAUCCCCUAUUAAGUGCUCUACAGUUGAAAAAUAACUGUACUAGCAAAACAAGAGGCUGGGUCUUUUUAUUCUGUGGGUUCUCAUCAACAAACCUCUCCUCCAGGGCUGGGUCCCAACCUUGUGCCAUCUUUUCAUAGACCUGGGCCAGAUUUUUGUGGUGGGAGCCAGAGGGGCCACAGUACCAGCAAGUCCUGCUGCCUCAGCAGCUGCCCUGUCUCUACCUGCAUGGUGGGGCCAUGUGGCUGCCUGGGGAGUGGGAGAGGCCUGAGCUUUCCUCUGCCUUCACCUAGCUCCCCCCCCACCUGGCUGGAGGCAGACAGAGGCUUCAGAGGGGAGCAGGCAGUGUGAGCCCUGGGGAGGGCACGGAGCAGCACAGAAGAGCCCAGAAGGUGGUGCAGACCUUACACAACAGGCUUUAUUCUCCAGCUUUGGUUGUCACUUGAUGGGUGGGAGAGAACGUGCAGUUAAAGGGCAUGCUAAUAAAUAAUAAAUAAAUAACACCUCCCACUACCUCCCCAGCUAGGUCAGCAGUAGUGAAGGGAUUACUCUUAAAAUAGUUACAGUAUGUGCUGAAUCCAGUCAGCUUAGGGCAGCAAUAAGCUUUGGGUUAACAGCUCUUAGUAGCCCAUGCUGUGUAGUGUUUUAUGGGAGGGAAGAGCAAGUAGGCUCUCUAAGGCUCAUAAGAAACCAGUGUCUCAUCAUUCUAUGCAAGCCAUGGCACAGGAGCAUGGCUAGGGAAGGGUUCAGGGCUGCAGCAGCCAGGCUGUGGAGUUAGCAUUACCAUUAACACAAGCUGUAACUCUUUCUGUAGCUGUACAUGUCACGCUGUAGUGCUGCAAUACCAAUAUUUACAAAAGUACCUAGGACUUGCUUAAAAACUGCCUCCAUCUCCCCCAGUGCUUUGGCCUACCAAACGCCAACAGGAGCCCUACAUGUUUGAAGGCCAUGCCAUUGCUUGUAGUGAAGCAAUCUCAAGACUUCAUCUCUCUCCUCCACCCCCUCCAAAGUUCACUUUUGCCAAAUAGCAUGUUAAGCUUGUUGGAGGUAGUGGGAGGCAAUUCCAGUGAGGAAUUACAGCAGAGGAGCCAGACAGCAGCAUGCAGUACCCACUGAAAUCCCGCUUAUUAUUUGGUAUAUUUGCUUUGGCAUGUCUUGGACUCAGAGAGGAGGAAGCAGUGACAGGAGGCAUGGCAAUACCUAAGCCCUUCUACUUGAAGAACUUCAGGAAUUUCUCUACCUUUGAUCACAUGCAGGGGCAGCUUUAAUAGGAAUAAUCAUAAUGGAGCAUGAAUGCAAAGCUGCUGCUGGCAGUUUAACCACUCUAUUGUCUAUAGGUCAAGUUUAAACACAGCUACCUGGCAAUCAGCCUGCACCAGCACUCCCACUGCUCGAGCACCUGCUGAACUGUGUGAGAUCCCUGGUGAGAGAUCCCUGCUAUUUCCAAGUACAGGCAUCUAGCAACUGCUGGUUUGUCUUACUUGCCAGCAGAGGGUAGCAUAACUGCAUCUGGAAAUAGCUUCUGAGGAGGAGCUACUGCACAAAUUUGGAUCUAGGAAACUAGCAGAGAAGGAACAGGCGGAUCUGGCAGUGGGAACUGGCACAGCCACACACACAUUGGUGAUGUGAACAGAACCCGCUGUCAGAGCAGAUGCUCCAGGAAGAGGUGCUGUACCUACAGUGAGCUCUGGACAAACCAAGGAUGAGAAACGUUCCCACCCUCACAAUCUUCAAUUUUCAGAGGAGUCUGUCUCUUCAUUGGAGCCUUCACUUUCAGCAUCUAUUUUUCGGCGAUGAUGGAGAGGUUUCCAGGGAGAGUUUAUCCUGGGAGAGUUACGGACAUGAAAAUUAGCAGUGUCCCCGCUGGAGCCGGUGGGAGCAGAGAUGGAAAGCCCUGAAACCUGAGCUACCCUGGAAGAGAAAGGAGAAAAAAAAGAAAAAAAAAAA